UAUAAAAGAGCUUUGUGUGGGUAGGUGGGUAGGUGUGAACUACCGAAACAAUGGCUGGCGAGGAACAAGAUGUUCAAACACAACCACAUGCUGCUCAUGAUCAUGAAUCACGCACACCUGCAAAACAAGGAGGUUGGAUCACAAUUCCCUUCAUCCUAGGGAAUGCAUUUGGUUUGGCCUUGGUCUUGAGUGGAGUCAUGGGGAACUUCACUGUAUAUCUCAUAAAAUGCUACAAUUUCAAGAGAAUGGACGCUGCUCUGCUAACAAACAUCAUGUACGGCACCUCCAGCUUUUUACCCCUCCUCGGCGCCAUCCUCUCCGACUCUUUCUUUGGCUGCUUCCUUAUCGUCGCAUUCUCCACUGUGGCUUCUCUAUGUUGUAUCAUCAUUCUCACAAUCACAGCCGGAAUCAAAGCGUUAAGACCACCAAACACUUACACUCAGGCGACCAGUGGCCAACUAGCAGUCUUAUACACCGGUAUAGUCUUGUACACAAUUGGGGCAGGUGGUACAAGGUUCAGCAUGAUGAAAUUGGGAGCUGAUCAGUUAAGCAAUGUGGGUGACCAAGAUGUGUUCUUUAACUGGUCCUUCAUAGUUCUUUAUGGUGCGGUAGCCAUUGGAAGCACUGUUAUUGUCUAUGUUGAGGAUAGCAUUAGUUGGGAGCUUGGAUUUGGGAUAUGUUUAACUGUGACUGCUCUGGCUGUGCUUUCUUUUCUUCUAGGAAUUAAGUAUUAUCUUAUAUCAAGGCCGAAAAGAAAUCCGUUUAUGACGAUGGCACGCGUUGUCGUUGCUGGGGUUAGGAAAAGGAAGCUUGCAUUGCCGGAGGAGGAGGCGGCCUAUUACCGUGGGUUAUUCGAGAAAACUGAUCAACCACUUUUUUCAAGUUUUAGUUGCAUGAACCGAGCUACGUUGAUUCAACAAGGGGACGUAGCCACAGACGGCAGCAUAUCCCGGCCAUGGAGCUUGUGCUCUGUUGAAGAUGUAAAUGAUCUGAAAACCCUGAUCCGCAUUGUCCCUCUCUGGACCUCCAACGUCUUCCUAAGCAUCUCCAUCGCCACCCAAACCAGCCUCUCCGUCCUCCAAGCCUUAACCAUGGACCGUUCCCUUGGCUCCCAUUUCUCCGUCCCUGCCAGCUCUUUCUCCAUCGCCACCUUGCUUGCCAUUUGCCUAACGCUCUUCAUUCUUGACCGUGGCAUCUAUCCUCUCUGCCACCGUCUCACCUCCUAUACUCCCACACCUCUCCAACGUGUCGGCGUUGGCCAAGCCUUCAACAUCGCCGCCAUGGUUGCUUCCGCUCUCAUCGAGCACCGGCGUUCAAUCAUUGUUCAUGAACACCAGGCCGAAAACCAACCUGACUGGAUUGUGCCGAUGUCGGCGUUCUGGCUUGUGCUGCCUUAUGUGUUCAUCGGCAUCGGUGAAGCCUUUCAUUUUCCUGGACAGAUAGCAUUUUACUACCAGGAGUUCCCUAAAUCUUUGAAAAGCACGGCCAUUGGUAUAGUUGCAGUGCUUAUGUCCAUUGGGUUUUAUUUAAGCAUGGCUGUGCUGGCGGUGGUCCGGCGAGCUACCAGUUGGCUUCCGGAUAACUUGAACUCAUCUAGACUAGAGAAUGUUUAUUGGAUGCUGACGUUGGUGGCGAGUAUCAACUUUUUUUACUUUAUUUUAUGUGCAAAGUUUUAUAAGAAGCAGAGUGACGACAAGCAUGUAGUUGGUGCUGUAAAUUAAUUUCUUGUAGUAGAGCUUUGUAUAUUUAUUUAUUUAUUCUUUUAUUGUGGUUAUGUGAAUUCGUAAAAAAUGUUGCAAAAGAUAUGGAAUUUGUUCCAUGACUUAUUGC